GGUUCUAUAGAACAUUAAUUAGUUUAGUCUUACAUAGAGAUUAUUGCCUUGUUGGAGUAGUCGUGUGAAGAUAAUUGGGUGUUUCAGGUAAGUUCAUUCACUUUUGUUGUUAUGCAUAAACACAUGGAUAAUGGAGAGGUAGAGCUUUCAGAUAAAGCUCUAAUGCCAAAUACAGAUAAUUCUGCUUCUGUAGACUUAUUUCUCGAUGAAUUGUUGAAGACCACUAGAACAUGUACUCACACUCACACUUGCAACCCACCUGGUCCUGAUCUGGCGGUUCAUACGCAUACAUGCUACCAUACACACACUCGAGUUAUUCCAUCUGAAGAAGAUCACGAUCACGAUCACGAUCACUCGAAUGAUGGGGAGCAUUCUAGUUUAAAACCAAGAAGGCCAAAGGGUAACAGAGAAGCUGUUCGAAAGUAUAGGGAGAAAAAGAAGGCCCACACAGCUUAUUUAGAAGAGGAAGUCAAGAAAUUGCGCUUGUUGAACCAACAACUAGUCAGGAAAUUGCAGGGGCAAGCAAUUCUUGAAGCUGAGGUUGCGAGGUUGAGAGGCCUUUUGGCACACCUUAAAGCAAAAAUUGAUGAUGAGUUGGGUAUUUUCCCAUUCCAAAAGCAGUGUGAUACCUCUACUGUCUGGAAGGAAGAUGAUUGUGGUGUGCUGUCUACUGGUGGAACAAUUGGCCUUCGGUGUCAGAGUGAUCUACCAUGCUUUGAUCCACAAGCAGGGCCAUCGUCACACGCUGAUAUUGGUGGAAAUGGGAAAAUGGUAGCAUCACGGGAAGGAAAUUGCCAUCCUGCCAUUAUAGAUUGUCAAGCAAACAGACAUGAUCAUAUAAUGAAUGCUGAUCAAGGACAGACUUUGGACGCGGUUGAAGCAAUGGUAUCAUCUGCAUCUCAAGCUGAAUAACCAAAGUGAAAGAUUUUGUAAGAUUAUCUUCCAUCCACUAAUGUCAAUAAUUUACCUGAGUCAGGAAUACAGGAGUAGCUUAACUGUUGUAGAUACUAAAAUGCUGAUAUAGAUAUCCAAAUGUUGUCACUGUAAAUCUAUACAUAUUGUGCAUUGUGCAGAACAGCUUUAGCUCAAUAGAAACUUUGUGCUUGAGGACAGAACUUU